GGGCGGGGGGGAGCCGGCCAUGUCCGAGUUCCAGAUCUCGGUGGAGGAGCUCAACGACCUGCUGGCCAACGGCAGCGGCUGCUACAGCCUGCCCAGCGCGCACAGCAACGAGGUGGCGCCCCGCAUCCACGUGGGCAACGCCUUCAUCGCCAAGAAUGUUAUGCGGCUGCAGCGUUUGGGGAUCACCCACAUCCUGAAUGCCGCCGAGGGCAGGUCCUUUAUGCACGUUAACACCAACGCAGAGUUCUAUGAAGGCUCCGGCAUCACCUACCACGGUAUAAAGGCCAACGACACCCAAGAGUUCAACCUCAGCCGCUACUUUGAGGAGGCCGCUGACUUCAUCGAUAAGGCACUAGCGCAGAAAGAUGGUCGGGUGUUUGUCCACUACCGCGUGAAGGCUACAGCCUUCGCUUCAUACGCUGGUCAUAAACACCUCAUGCUCCGGCAGCACAUGGAUGUCAAGAGUGCGUGAGCAUGGUCCGGCAGAAGGGAGAUCGGCAUUAACGACGGCUUCUCCCUGCGGCAGCUGUGCCAACUCAACGAGCGACUGGUGAAGGAAGGCAAGGUGAAGAAACCGUAGCUGCCUCACCCCGGCCUCCCUCCCUCGCUCUCUCGGUGGCUUGCCGGAGUGCCGUCAGUUGCUUUCGGUUGCCAGCUCCAACUGCCAUGUCAUGCCCGGGGUGCCAAGCAAGCACGAGAGAGCUGCUGCACUGUCCAAAUACCCUUAGAGGAAGACUCCAACCACUAGGCUUCAGCUUGUCUCCUGGAUCUUUAGUUGUGGAAUCUGCCUGUUGUAAUGUGUGUGUGUGUGUGUGUUUGUUUGUGUGUUUGGAGGCACUGGGCACUUCUUUUCAACUGUGAACACUUUUGGGUUUAAAGGUUUAUAUCGCUAGACCCCUGCCAGCACAGCUAGCCGGCACGGUCCCCUUCUUUCUGCCGUAUCUGGGGGCACCCAGCCUGUGGCCCGGCCUCUUCCCCCCUUUUGAAAAAUGUGAAUGAGAAUGUUCUAGCUGACACGUUGAAGGUGGCCCCUCUACCUGGUGACACUAACGUGUCAAAGGUUGUGGGGUGACUGCACUCUGCGAUCCGCAGGCAAAGUCCAGCUGGGUUACUGGUAACCUGCUAAGCUGUUGACCAGAGUCCCCCAGCGUGGUGCUUGUGAGUGCCACGCUGCCCACUGACACCUGGAGCCUGCCAAGUGUGUUUAGGAAGUGGUUGGGACCAGGUAUGUUUUUUGAUUGGCUGUCCAGACGUUAUUUUGGCUGCAGCUGCCACCAAAGCACAAGGAUCUGCACCGUGUUACUGAAGUUAAGCAGCAGCAGACAUUUUACGGCUGGCUCCCCCUCCUGCGGCAGCCAUUUUGUUGCCGUGCCCACCACACCGUGCCGGAAUUC